UCUUCUCUAGUGUGGUAUUUGUGAGUGGAAACUGGAAAGAGAUCCAACCAAUCCAUAUAACUGAGAGACCCAGAGAAGAAGAAGAAGAAGAAGAAGAAAGAAUGAUUCUUUUUGGUUCAGAGGGUGUGUUUGUUGUGCUAUGUUUCAUCAUCACCUUUGGAGCUCAUCUCUCAACGGCGUCUGACAGGCUCAUCCCAGGCCAGUCACUUUCCGGCAACCAGUCGUUAACCUCUCCCGCCGGCAAAUUUGAACUGGGUUUCUUCACUCCAGUCUCUUCACGAUUUGGAUUCCUUGAAAAUGGAAACUUUACCUUGCUGGACGAAUCCAAUUCUUCAGUCUGGUCAACUCAGAGUUCCAUGUCCUUAGCUUCCAAAUCUGCCACAUCAAUGCUUCUUGACAAUGGCAACUUUGUUAUAAGAGAUGCAUCUGAUGUUAUAUGGCAGAGUUUUGAUCAUCCUACUGAUACUUGGCUCCCAGGUGGUGCCAGGGUUGGUUACAACAACGUUACCAAUCAGAGUGUAACUCUCACUCCCUGGAAAAACCCACAAGACCCAGCCCCUGGAAUUUGGUCCCUAGAGGUUGAUCCAGAUACAAGUAUUUUGUUGCUCUAUAAUGGCUCUCAACAGUAUUGGAAUAGUGGGCCUUGGAAUGGCAAAUCUUUUGCCCAAGUGCCUGAAAUACAGCGGAACGAUCAUAUAACAAAUGUUAGUUUUGUACCAGAUGCCAAGGGGAUGUAUGCGUCUUAUGAUGCUGCAGACCCUGAUACUUAUAUUAGGUACGUGAUUGAUACCAAUGGGCAGUUCAAGGCCUAUAUGUGGGGGAAGGACUUCCGCCAGUGGAAUGCAUUUUGGUUGAGGCCAAGUAAGUUCUGUGAGGUUUAUGGAUUUUGUGGUGCUUCUAGUGUCUGCCUGCAAAACGUCAGUCAGUGUGUUUGCUUGGAGGGAUAUGAACCUAGAGACCCUAAAGAGUGGGGAUUAGGGGAUCAUACAGAUGGGUGCUACAGGCGAGCACAUUUACAAUGCACUACUGAGUCUACUGGAGUAGAUGACACUUUUAAGGUGGUAUCAAAUGUCAGCCUUCCUGCGAACCGGGAGAGUUUUGAAGUUGAUGACAUUGAUGAGUGCAGAUCAGCGUGCUUGAGUAAUUGUUCAUGUACGGCUUUUGCUUAUGAUAAUGGGUGUUUUGUUUGGGCAGGGGAUCUAUUCAAUGUCAAACAAUUUACAACAGCCGAGAAAGAAGGCAAGGACUUGCAUCUGAAAAUUCCAGCUUCUGAGAGCAUAGAGGAGAAGAAAGAGAACAAGACCCUUUGGAUCGUUAUGGGAAUAGUUGGAGGUUUACUUAUUGUUAUUACCAUUGUUGUGGUACUAUUUGUGAAGCGUCGAUAUUUUGGGGAGAGGUUUGAUACACUUGAUGGUUCCUUGGUGAUGUUCAAGUAUAGGGUUUUAAGAAAAGCCACCAACAACUUUUCAGAGAAACUUGGGGAAGGAGGUUUUGGUUCUGUUUUCAAAGGGACAUUGCAGGGAUCAAUUGCCAUUGCCGCAAAGAGACUUAACUGUCCCAAGCAAGAGGAUAAGCAAUUCCUUACAGAAGUGAGAACUAUUGGAAAAGUCCAACACAUUAAUCUUAUUCGUCUUUGUGGAUUUUGUGUAGAAGCUUCAAAAAGAUUCUUGGUAUAUGAAUACAUGCCAAAUGGGUCUUUAGAAUCUGUUCUAUUUAAGAAGAGUUCCAUCGUCUUAAAUUGGAAAACUAGGUACCUUAUUGCAACUGGGACUGCCAGGGGAUUGACAUACCUUCAUGAGGAGUGUAGAGAAUGCAUCAUACACUGCGACAUCAAGCCUGAAAACAUUCUCUUGGAUGCAGAAUAUGUUCCAAAGGUAGCAGAUUUUGGUCUAGCAAAGCUCAUAGACAGAGACAUUAGCCGGGUAAUAACAACCACGAAAGGAACCAGAGGCUAUAUUGCUCCAGAGUGGAUUUCGGGAGAAGCUAUAACAUCGAAAGCUGAUGUCUUUAGCUAUGGAAUGCUGUUAUUUGAACUCAUCUCGGGAAGGAGAAACAGAGAUCUAUUAGAUAAUGGUUUAGAAAAUUAUUUUCCAACCUGCGUUGCCAAUGUGCUAAACAAAGAAGAAGACGUUGAUGCCUUGUUGGAUUACAGGUUAGAAGGUAAUGCUGACAAAGAACAACUAAGUAGAGCAUGCAAAGUCGCUUGUUGGUGCAUUCAAGACGACGAGAAGGAUAGGCCAACUAUGGGGCAGGUUGUUCAACUUUUAGAGGGAGUUAUAGAUGCUGGAAUUCCCCCAAUGCCAAAGUUCCUCGACCGCUUUUCCAAGAGUCUAGUUGAAUCCAUCAAUUAUCGGGACAUUACUUCCAGCAGUUUUGAUUCAUGCUGUCAUGAGUACUCAGAUUGUAUAUCUCAACCUUAACGCAUUGACUGCAGCUACCAUUUUGCCAUUCAUUUCUUUGUUUUAUCAUCUCAUGUGUUUUGAUCCAUUUUUCAGCUAAUUGGUAGUUUCCAACUUCAGCUUAUGUCAAUGUAUACCUCCCUUGUGGUCUUACAAUGUAUAUAUGUCAAUGAAUGGAUUUCAUAUCAUCUCCGGCAACUAUUU